CCGCUUUGGAGAGUGGAUGUACCAGCUCCUACCGUGUUCGUGAAGUGCCUAGUGACAGUGGCGGGUGUGAACUGUAGGAUAUGCGGGAAGUGGUGUCUCUGACACCUGUGGUGAUGUCGUCCCAACCAGGAUACCUGGAGCUAUCUGCGGAACAAGCCAAGCGACUCAUCAGAACUGAGCCUAUUGAGGAUUACUAUGAGGUGGAGGAUCAGCCGUUCGCAAGAGGCAAGUACGCCACCGUGCGGAGGUGCCGGGAUCGCCGCAGCGGUCGCCAGUAUGCGGCCAAGUUCCUCCGCAAGAGGCGCCGCUCGGCCGACCUGCGACCGGAGAUCCUACACGAGGUCGCCGUCCUGGAGGCUUGCAAGAACUCUCCCAGGAUAGUCAGACUACAUGAGGUCUUCGAGUCUACCAAUGAGAUGGUGCUGCUCCUUGAACUUGCUCGCGGUGGAGAACUCCAGAUGCUGUUAGACAAAGACGAAGUUCCAAGUGAGCGAGAAGUCGUGAGAUUGAUGAGGCAAAUCCUUGAUGGACUCGUCUAUCUGCAUGACAUCAACGUAGCGCAUCUUGAUAUCAAGCCUCAGAACCUGGUGUUGACCGGAGAGUUCCCGGAUUGCGAAGUCAAACUUUGUGACUUUGGGAUCUCCCGGUACCUCAGUCAGGGAGCAGACGUACGGGAAAUCCUCGGAACUCCCGACUAUGUUGCCCCUGAAGUGCUCAACUACGAACCUAUCAGCCUGGCUACAGAUAUGUGGUCGGUUGGAGUGUUAGUUUACGUUUUGCUGACAGGAUGUUCUCCCUUCGGAGGCGACGACAAACAAGAAACCUUUCUCAACAUUGCGCAAUGCCGGCUCGACUUUCCUGAUGAUCUGUUUGAAGAUAUUUCCGAGGAUGCUAAAGACUUCAUGCAGAAGCUUAUGGUUAAAAACCCAAGUAACCGACUGACUGCUAAGAAGUGUCUUCAGCAUCCGUGGUUCACUAGACAAGCCUGUGAGUCUUCCAUCAUCCUCUCUGUGGAAAACAAGCCGACAAAGCCGAGAACGCCAGUACCCAGCAAGAGGCCGAUCCCAGCCUGCGAGGAAGCUGCUGACAACAACGAGACAACAGACUUCAUACCAGACAACGUUGCUAACACAAAGCCCUGUCAGGAAACAACAGCAGUCAGAGAAAGCUGCACAAGUUUGCCUGCGGCCAAACCAUCUGUGGAGGACAACAUCAACAAAGGUCUGAGCGCCGAAAGACGUAAAUCUUUCAAAGCAAGUAUGAACAAUUUGGUGCAGAAACUGGAUAGUGACGGUGAAGGAAAAGACACAAAGAAGACCGACAGUACAGUUAGAGAAAAACCGAGUGAAGUUAGAUUGACAAAAGGCGAUAGCUUUAGAAGUAUGACACGAGCAAAUGGAAUGCAGACCAUGCCAGUUUCAAGGUUUCUGCGAUUCACCAGAAGCAGCAACGAGAGGUCCUUGUUCUCUCACAACUGUGAAGUAGACAGGGAGUCUGUUUAUAAAUUUAGAAGGGUUUUUAUAAUCAAUGACAUGGAAGAACACUCGCCUCCUCCGUCCAUCAAUGGUUCUCUGAGUUCCGAAAAUUCUUCCAUCAGCGACUCAAACAGCGAUACUAUUAGUGAAAUGUCAAUAGAUUCAUCGAGUGACAGAUCUAGUAUAAUUUCCCUUGACGACUCCUUUGACUUUCAAUUCUCCAAGGGAUUAAGUCAUAGCCGACACUACUCUUCGUGUUACAACGUGUGGGAAGCGUCCAAGAACCAACGUUCACAGGCAAGGCUCUAUCCGAGAGAAUGUAGCGGAUCCUUCGCGAGGGCUCUGUCUCGGUUUGCUACUCAAACAGAGGACGUCAAGGAAGGUGCAUUCAUCAAACAACGCAAAUCUCUGACUGUUUUUAAUGGUGGAAAUCCGACAACAUCAACACCGUUGAAUGGCAAGAAGUGUGUAGGACUCGAGCUCAUGCGAGAAAGAAAUGGAAAUCUAGUAGUGAUCAGAGAAGUGGCACAUCACAUCAAUGGCAGUAAGUUCCCCCGCUGUAGUGAAGUCAAGUGUGAAUCCGUGCAGUCUAGGAUACGCAAGUUACAAGUACAAAACGGACUGAAACAUGAACUGUCAAAAGAGCAUUACAAUGUUUUUUAAUUAAAUUAUUAUGUCCAAGACAAUCAGCUAAGCAUUUUCACAGCCAUCCCUUGUGAUGUUUUAGGUUAGUGCUCAUGACGGUACUAAAUUCCUAAAUGUUGUAAAAUAUUUUAAAACUUAGUCCGGUGUUCCACAAGCAUGAUUAUGAAUUAAUGAUCGUUUAAAACAUUUCUUUGACCACAGACUUAUGUACGGUAUCUGAUAAGAACCGAAAGUAAAUUGGAAAAAAAUAUUUUAUUUCAUCUUCAUGGCUACUAAUAUCACUAAUAUAUUAUACAGUUUUAUGCUCACUUCUGGUAUGUUAUUUUUCAAUGCAUAAAUAUUAGUGCCUUACAUGAAAUAAUAUUUUAAUACAAACUGGACUCUUUAAUACUAGUCAUAAUUUAAAAUUGUAUAUUUUAUACCUGAAAUAUUGAUUUAGGCUUAAGCUAGAUUAUUGUCCACUACAAGUGCAAUCUACUGAAAUAGAAUACCCUAAAUUUGAUUACCUCCAAAUUAAUACCUUACAUGAAAUUUUGUUUUAUUUAUCGGCAUGUUUACUUAAUUGACAGAUUCUUUAGUUUCAUAGUUUAAUUUACUUAAAUAUUUCAGGGCAACUCUUUGUGAAUAAUGUACAUUAUUUUAAGUCAUAAUAUAAUGUAAAAAGACUUAGUAUUUUACCUUUAACUUUUAUUAAAUCUUUAUUUAUAUGUUGUUAUAUGUUUAAGUGCCAAUAAAACAAUAAAUGCAUCAAUCAAAAUAAUAACAAAAUGCACAAAAAUGGUGCAAUGUUGUUGACAUCUGUGAUUAUUAGGUAGGAUUUUUAAUUUAUAUGAGAUUAAUUGUACUAUUUGUAUUCAUAUUUUUAGUAAAAGGUUCUAAUGAACCCACUUACAUUGUUUAUUAUUUUUGUAAAUAUUUUCAAUGUUAUUUAAUGGUUCAAAAUAUACAAAA